AGCAAGUUAGGUUCAGCCGGCGGUGUGAGUGAGCGCGGGCCGGACUCGCACUCGGCUAUUGUUGCUAGAACAGCUAGUUACCGGGGGGCCGCGGGGACCGCGGCGAGAGACAGGCCCAGUGGCAGCCAUGAGCGGCGGGGUGUACGGGGGAGAUGAAGUUGGGGCUCUUGUUUUUGAUAUUGGUUCCUAUACAGUGAGAGCUGGCUAUGCUGGUGAAGACUGUCCAAAGGUUGACUUUCCCACUGCUAUUGGUGUGGUACUGGAAAGGGACGAUGGCAGCACCCUGAUGGAAAUAGAUGGUGACAAAGGCAAACAAGGGGGCCCUACUUACUACAUAGACACCAAUGCACUGCGAGUUCCAAGGGAAAACAUGGAGGCUAUUUCACCCUUAAAAAAUGGAAUGAUUGAGGACUGGGAUAGUUUCCAGGCAAUCUUGGAUCACACAUACAAGAUGCACAUUAAAUCUGAAGCAAGUUUGCACCCUGUCCUAAUGUCUGAAGCACCAUGGAAUACCAGAGCAAAGCGUGAGAAAUUGACAGAACUGAUGUUUGAACAUUACAAUAUCCCUGCUUUUUUCUUGUGUAAAACUGCAGUUCUUACAGCCUUUGCUAAUGGUCGAUCCACAGGCCUGAUUUUGGAUAGUGGGGCAACUCACACCACUGCUAUUCCAGUGCAUGAUGGAUAUGUACUUCAACAAGGCAUUGUAAAAUCACCCCUUGCUGGAGACUUUAUUACUAUGCAGUGCAGAGAACUGUUUCAGGAAAUGAACAUAGAGCUAAUCCCGCCAUAUAUGAUUGCAUCAAAGGAAGCAGUUCGCGAAGGAUCACCAGCAAAUUGGAAGAGAAAAGAGAAGUUACCGCAGGUCACGAGAUCUUGGCACAACUAUAUGUGUAAUUGUGUAAUUCAGGAUUUCCAAGCCUCUGUCCUCCAAGUGUCAGAUUCAACCUAUGAUGAACAGGUAGCUGCACAGAUGCCGACCGUUCAUUAUGAAUUCCCCAAUGGUUACAAUUGUGACUUUGGUGCAGAACGUCUAAAAAUUCCCGAAGGACUAUUUGACCCUUCUAAUGUAAAGGGCUUAUCUGGCAACACAAUGCUGGGUGUUAGCCAUGUUGUCACCACAAGCGUUGGAAUGUGUGAUAUAGACAUCAGACCAGGCCUCUAUGGCAGUGUGAUCGUAGCAGGAGGAAACACUUUAAUACAGAGUUUUACAGACAGACUGAACAGGGAGCUCUCUCAGAAAACUCCACCAAGUAUGCGGCUGAAGUUGAUAGCAAACAACACAACAGUGGAGCGGAGGUUCAGUUCAUGGAUUGGUGGUUCAAUUUUGGCUUCUCUGGGUACCUUUCAACAGAUGUGGAUCUCUAAACAGGAGUAUGAAGAAGGAGGGAAGCAGUGUGUAGAAAGGAAAUGCCCAUAGACCUCACACUGUGAGAAACUGCUGCCUUCCCAAUGCUCCUUAUGUUUCAUAGCUUUAGUGUACUCAGGAAUGGGAUGGAAUCUUUUGUAGAAAGUUUAUACUGUUCUGGUUUUUUUGCAUACUUCAAGAUCCAUUUUUACAAACCGUAGACAUUGUUUAAAAGGCCUAACUGUUCCUGUCAAAGAAAAUGGAUGUUUCAUCCCUUGAAAUGCAAUAACUCUUAUAAGUAUUUUAUAAUUUUGUAUAAAUGUCUAUUUUCUCUAAAAAUCUUUUCCUGUGGGUAGCUUUACAGGUUAGCUGGUAGAUGCAAUACUUUGAAAUGCUCUUGCAUCAAAUUUAUUAAAAAAAAUCUUGUCUACUUUUACAGAUUAGUCUUCCCUGUUGAUAUGCUGUCCAUAACAAAUUACUCUAAUUUGUCUUUUAAAAAAAUAGCCGUUUUCACAUUUUGAGCAACACUGUUUUUCAGCAAGCAUUCGUACUCUUCUGUAAUUAAUAAACAAUCCAGAUGGAAAACUAUUUUUUAUACUUAUAUCUAUCUUAGGCAGCCCAUUUCAACAUAAAUUGUGAAGCUGCUGCAACAGCACGAGCCUUGUAGUGGAAAGUGUUCUCUUGAUAUUCUUCUCUUUCAUGCUGUACUAUGACGUAGUUAAGGCCCAGAAUAUAGGCUAUGUAUAAAUUAUAAAACUGUUAUGAAUAGAAGUGAUUUCAUUUCAGUGAAUAUUUGGCAUAUACCGUGCUUUCCACCUUCAGACGUAUGAGAAUGCAGUUAGCUUGGACAACGUCUGUGAUCUAGGUUAGUAGUGUCCUCAUUUUAGAGAUUGGGAACCUGAGGCAGAGAACAGUGACUGCCUAAAGCCACAAAGGAAAUUUGUGUCCAAGCCUGGUUUUACAACUCAAGACCACCUGGCUCUGUUCUAUAUUUAGAUUCCACCCCUACCAUAAUGAAGUUUUGGUUCUGAAUUUUAAAAUUCCCGUUAGAAAAGCACUGUGCACAUUUGUUCUUUAAACAGUUAAAAAUGGCCACGUGAAAGCUCUUGACACUUUAAUAAUGAUAAACCAAUACCACAAAAUAGUCAUGCAGGAAAUAAAUGAACACAGCUAGCCAAUAACUUAAAAUCAAAAUGCUCCAUCUCCCAGGAACCUCUCUACAUGCCUCAUCAACUAAAUGACUUUAACAGCAUGCCUUGAUGGUCAUCAGUUUGGGCUAUUUUGGAUCAAAGGAGAGCCCAAGUUCUAGAUUCUCAGGGCUGUUGGCUGCUAGCACGGGCCUCUCUCAAAACAAGGCAGGAUCCAACUCAAGUGCCUCUGACUGCAACUGCAGUAUGGCAUACAGAGAGGGGUGAUUGUUCUGGCAGUCAAGGGAGGACAAAUCAACUGAUUAGGAGAAACUUAAAUGGUGAAAUGGUUACAACUGUACAACCACAUUCAGGUGCCCUCAGUGAAAUGUCAGGAUAUAUCAGAUAUAUGUUGGCAACAGGGCAACGAGAAAAUAAAGUUGACUACUUAUUACUCCCUAAACCUAAGAAGGAAAACACUAUGAUGCAGAAUGCCAGAGCCUGUUUGUUAUGUGUAUAAAUAAUGGAAUAAUUUAUACCCCUCUAUCAAUUAUAGAGUGAGGGAAAGCCCACUGUAUACUUUCUUCUAAGGACAAAAAAAAAAAUUAUAGUAUGACUAAAAAAAAUCACUCAUCUGUGAAGUUAACUAGUGCCUUUCCCAGAGCAAAAACAAUUUCACCUACUUAAAAACAAACCCCUCUCCACAUUUUUUGCUGUUUUAUCCUUUAUGCUGCAGGGGAAUAUUUAGGAAGGCUAAUAUUUUCUCAGGUAUUUGAUUCCAUCACAGCUUGUCCUAUUUGAUUACUUUUGUAGAUGGUAGUGUUAAAUGUAGCUAGUUUUGUGGAAGGUAUCAUGUUUGUAAACAGUGAUUCUGCUUUAAUUUUGUAAAAGAUUCAGUGAGUGGUUAUUGGUAUGCAAUUCAACUCCUGUUCACUGUGAAACUGAGUACUAAAGAUGAGUAAGCUCUUAUGUCUUACCUACUCUAUCUAGGUAAAAGUAGAGUUUCACUUAGACAGGAAAAAGUUCUCUUUUGCAUUGAUUGGGACAAUUAUUUGAAUCCAAGGUGGUUGUCACUGCAUUUAGCAUGGUUGAAUCUAGCCACAUCUGUCCUUUCUUUCAAACAGAUACUGCUAACUGCACUCUUAAUUUUUAAUUUAUUUCUUAACUAAACAUUCUGGAAGACCAAAAGUGUUCUACAAGUGCAAGUCAGGUGCACUGAAUGGUUUUGUAAUGGAAAAUGCCUUCUGUACAGAUAUAGCUUUUAGGUAGCUCAAGUUACAUACACAUUUUCAAUGCUGCAGAAUUAUAGAAUUCAGUUGUCCGUUGAUUAAGUCUCCAUAGUAGAUCCCGGCACCAGUUGCAUUAAAUUAAUUAUCAAUUGACAGCUAACAAAUGCUUCUGCUACAACCAUAUGAAAAUAUUUCACUUUUCUAAAUAUCUUUACUAAUAGGGAAGAGCUGGGUGCUGCUAUGUACAUCUUAGUAUACAUCAUACAUGAAACUACCUAAACUUUAAUUACAAAUAGGAAAUAGCAAAGUUGUUCUUUACUUGUUACUUAGGUGUCAAGCGUUGUGCUACUAAUAAUGCAAAUAUUUAUUUCUGAAGAAUAUUUGAAAGCUUUCCCCUGCCAGGAGCAUAAUUAGGCUGCAGGCUCUAAUGUGAUAAAGCAAAGAGCCAGUGACUUACAGAAAUAAGUGUAGGGCUAUGUUAGAAAAUGUGAACAUUUCCACUGAAUCUACCAAAGAUAACCAGGAAUUUAGCCUGUGCUAUCUUCAAGCUAUUCCCUCCUUACUAAGAAAACUUGGACACAGCUAUCAAGUCAGAUUUAAAAUUAAUUUGACUGAAGUUCCCUAUCUAAUUUACCAUUGCUUUCUGUAGAGAUGUUGCUCUUGAGCUUUCUAUUCCUUUCCCUUACCUACUUGAUUUUACAACUAGGUGGUCAGUUUGCUGCUGUAAUUUGCUGCCUAAUGCAUUUGUUAUUUUGUUGUACUUAAACAGUCCAGUGCAUUGGACAGCUGCUAUAGCUUGUAUAAUGUGCUAUGUUAAGUGUAAAAAAAGAUGAAAAAAGGGAGAGAAGACCUCUUUAUUAAAAGCUAAAGCAGACACACGUCUACAACUGCCUUGACUGGAAUCUCUCUUGCAGAUGCUUUUUUACUAUUAAGCAUAUACAGUUCAGCUUUAUAGUAAAUGACACGUAAUAUUAAAACAUUAAUUUUCAGCACCUGGUUUCUGGAAAAGUAAUAUUUUAUCAAUCAGUUAAAUGACUCAGUACAAAUUUAUAUUGUUUUGCUCUGAAGGUCUCUCAACCCAGUUAUGAAUUUUAUUUUUAGGGUUGAGGAGCUUUAUUUGGGCAGG